UAUGUAUGCUCUGUUGAUGCUCUCAUGUCUCAUGACUAUUACAGCUUUGACCAAAUAACUGGUGUUAAAUCCAGAGUGGAGGCUUCUGGGAAUUGUAGGCCUUUGCAUAAUUGCUUAACUCUCAAAGUGUACGCAAAGUCUCUCCAAAUCUGUGAUAUUAAAUCAAAUAUCCAACUGUAUGUUCUAUACACAGAGCGAUGUGUAUAUAUAACUUAUAUAUAUAUAUAUAUAACGUUAUGUAUAUAAAGUUAGCUCCUCUGUUCCUUUAACUGUAAACGAGCACCCUGGGCGCUAGCAGGGGGCACCGCCCACUGCAGCUAGCUUCUGUUUAACGCUGCUAUUACGACCAUAAACAGCACAAACAGCUGACUAACAAGACUACAAGUUCCUGUGCCUGAGUGUGUGUUCUCCAGGCUGUGAUGGCAGCAGUGGGAGCCCAGGGGCCAAGGGCCACUGACUGUGUGACAAAGGUGGUUAUGAGCGUCUCUUGUGAGAAUCUGCUGGACAUGGAUGCAUUCUCAAAGUCGGACCCUCUGUGUGUGCUUCUCAUGAACACUUCAGGACCGCACUGGACGGAGAUUGGCCGGACGGAGAAAAUCAACAACUCCCUUAAUCCCAAGUUUGCCAAGACUUUUGUCAUCGACUACUACUUUGAGAUGGUGCAGAAGCUGAGGUUUGAAGUGUACGACAUCGACAGCGAAAACUGCAGUCUGCAAGAUGCUGACUUCCUGGGAGAACUGGAGUGUACCUUAGGACAGAUUGUGUCCUCGAAGACACUUACAAGACCACUUGUCCGAAAGAACAAGACACCUGCAGGGAAAGGAACCAUUACUAUAUGUGCAGAAGAAAGGACAGACAACAGGGUGGUGCAAUUUGAAGCUGCAGCUAGAAAACUGGAUAAAAAGGAUUUUUUUGGCAAGUCCGACCCUUUCCUGGAAUUCUACAAGCAGACAGAAACUGGAUGGCAACUGGCUCACAGGACAGAGGUGGUGAAAAACAACCUAAACCCAACAUGGAGACCAUUCAGAAUCCCUGUGCAGUUACUCUGUGGAGGUGACGUGGAGAAGUCUAUAAAGGUGGACUGUUACGACUACAACAACAGCGGAUCUCACGACUUUAUAGGAUCCUUCCAGACCACACUCUCCCAAAUACAGCAGGCAUCACAGACAUAUGCAGCCGAGUUUGAGUGCAUCAAUAGUAAGAAGAAACAGAAGAAGAAAGGAUACAAAAACUCUGGUGUUGUCAUAGUAAAAAAGUGCCAGAUAGUAAAGGAGUAUACGUUUCUGGAUUACAUAAUGGGCGGCUGUCAGAUUAACUUCACUAUUGCUAUUGAUUUCACCGGCUCCAACGGGGACCCCAAGUCCCCCAUGUCCCUCCACUACAUCAGUCCUCAGGGCUAUAAUGAAUACCUGGCAGCUAUCUGGGCUGUGGGGAAUGUUAUCCAGGACUAUGACAGUGACAAGAUGUUUCCUGCGUUUGGAUUUGGAGCCCAGAUCCCUCCUACAAUGCAGGUCAGCCACGAGUUUCCCAUCAACUUCAACCCCUCAAAUCCCUUUUGUGCAGGUAUAGAGGGUGUGGUCCACGCCUACCAGCAGUGUCUGCCCCAGGUGAAGCUUUACGGCCCCACAAACUUUUCCCCAAUCAUCAACCACGUUGCCCAAUUUGGCAGGCAAGCCAUGCAGCAGCAGACUGCCUCUCAAUACUUCGUUCUCCUCAUCAUCACUGACGGAGUGAUCACAGACAUGGAUCAGACACGCAGUGCCAUCGUCAACGCCUCCCGUCUGCCCAUGUCCAUCAUCAUUGUCGGAGUAGGGGGCGCAGACUUCAGCGCCAUGGAGUUCCUGGAUGGAGACGACGGAUCCCUGCGCUCUCUGACUGGCGAAGCCGCCAUGCGAGACAUCGUCCAGUUUGUGCCAUUCAGGCAGUUCCAAAAUGCUCCUCGAGAAGCACUGGCAAAGAGUGUGCUGGCAGAAGUACCAGGUCAGAUGGUGGAUUUCUUCAAUACCAUGAAGCUGACUCCACCAAACCCCAAUCCUGCACCAGCCCCUUCAGAGACCAUCUAAUACAACAAGAAAGAAACCAGACACAGACCAGUCUCAUCAUACAACUAGACAAAUGUCCUUCCCACACUGUCCUAACUCACCCUUUUUAUUCCAUCACCUAAAAAAAAUAACAGCACGCAUCUUAAGACAGCCGCCCCAACCACACGCACUACAUCGAACAUAAGCAUAGCGCAGAAUAGACCCUGCUGUUGUUAGAUCUUAACAUCCAUUUGUGGUCACAAAAGAAAUCAAACAAUCAUUCCAUUAUUUGAAGGAUUGCAGAAACACUGCACUGGGUGUAAACUGUCCUGCUGUGUUCUUUUUUUUAAAAUGCAUCAUGAAAGUGUUCAACUUAGUUUUAUGCCUGUUUGAUGGCUCCAGCAUCAAGUUAAAAUAGUUAUGUAAAAGGAUUUUAUGCAAGAUAUCAAGUCACAUCAGUUAGAGGAACCCCUUAUAUAUGAUGUUUACAUUCUCAGAAAUAGCUGUGGCACUACUAGUAGCAUAAUAAUGUACAUAUAGCCAAGUAGCUUUGUAGUUGCUGCUGUUUUGGCACAUGGAGUAUAUAUUUACAUUAGUGUUUAUUGUACACGCUUCCUAUGCACUCUCCUAUAAUAAUGUCAUGUACUGCAAAGACCUAGGAAUUAGUUGUUUUACUCAAUGAAAUGCCAAACUCUGUAUGGGUUAUAAACCUUUUAUAGAAGCUUUUUAUACCUUAAAGUAUGGAUCUGAAAUAUUGGGAUGACUAAAAGUAGUCUCAUUGUAGAUUUGGUUGUAUUGUGCCAGUCUUAUCACUCAUAGUAUGUUUGAUUGUAAAUGUACUGUGGUCUACCAAUGUGCCAGUUACUUUGCCUUCCACAUAUACAUGAGCAAGGACACCAUGCGUUUCUUUUUAUUGCCGGUAUUUCAAGCCCACUAGUUCAUUUAUGUGAGAUAACGAGAUAAUAAAGUCGUUAUCACUAGAAAAAAAGAUUGUUUCCUCUUAUUAUAGAUUUGUUUUCAUACUGUACAAAAUGAGCCAGUGCAUGAAAAUAAUCUGGAUUCAGGCAUUCAGGGAUCUUUGAGCUUGUUUAAUAAAUCUCUUCCUGAUAUAUUUUCUCAGUAUUGCAUCACAUUGUCAGGAAAUGCUUAGAUUACUCUCACAUUCUAGUAACAAUGUUUCAGUUCAGUUAUGAAUCCUUCCUGACAGUCAUGACCGUGAUCUUAAAAGCUGAAAUCAGCUAAUUUUUUUGUUUUCAUCUCUGGAAAUGUAGGUAGUUUUCUUGUGAUAAAUGAUCUUGUCUCAGCCCUGACUAAGGAUGUUUUUUCCAGUGAUUUUGCCACUGACUUUUGAUUUAGCCUAGGGUUCAACUCUGUUUGGGAAACCAUAUAUCUGGAAGCAAAGACACCAUGGUACAGUGAAUGAGAGAAAGGGAUGCAUCAGUAUUAAACAUGUUGUCACUAUAGAAACUAGAUACAGUUCUGUUUAUUGAAAUCUAUAUUUGAUUUGUUCAUUUUUAUAUGGUUUUACAAUGAAAGCUAUGAAACAUGUAUCUGAUGUAUCAUGUUGUGCACCAGCUUUAGUGCUCCAGCAGACAUGGGUAAUGUGCCUUUGUAUUAACAUGCAGAAAGUGUAUCAAGCAUGCUAAUAAAGUACCUCUUAUUCAAUACAAA